CAUAUAUAAAUAUACAUGUAUAAAAGGAAUGAGGUAUCGGAUAUCGCGUGUAGCAAUACAGAUACACACGAAUACAAAUAUAAACGUCAGGUAGGAGAAAAGAAGAGCAACAGCAGUGGUAUCAUCCCCACCAGUAAAAGCAACAGUGCCAUUAACGUUGAACAACAGCAGCAGCAGUUCCAGCAAGACAUCAGCACGGUCGAACGAGCAGCACGUCGUUGGUCCACUGGCGGCGGCGGCGCAGGUUGUUCGACGUCAAAAAAUGACACAUUCGAGUUCGAAGUAUCGAGGCUCCUCGUUGCGGUAAAAAUUCAUCACUGUGGUUUUUACGCGCGCAUGAAGGGCCGCGGAUUUGGGAUAAUAAAGAGUGAAACAAUGCCGCCGUCCUCGCAUGCGAACUGGACGAAACCGUUGCUGAAGGGAGGCCAGAUGAUGCAGAUGCAAGUAAAACGAGUUACCGAAAGGAACGGACAGAAUCUAAAUUCGAACGGGAGUAACAACGAUAGCAACGGUGCUAAUAUUCCGACCGAUAGGAGAAUCAAGGUGGUCCUCGUAGGAGACGGUGCCGUUGGCAAAACUAGUUUGGUUGUUUCAUACUCGACAAAUGGAUUUCCUGGCGAAUACGUGCCCACCGCUUUUGAUAAUUACAAAGUUGUGGUUAAUGUUGAUGGACAACCAGUAAACGUUCAACUCUGCGACACCGCAGGACAGGAUGACUUUGAUCCUUUAAGAUCCCUCUGCUAUCCAGAAACAGAUGUAUUUUUAGUAUGCUUUAGUGUUGUAUGCCCAUCUUCUUACCACAGCGUUGCAUCAUGGUGGAUCAACGAAGUUAAAAAAUACUGCCCAAAUGCUCCAAUAAUUUUAGUAGGAACAAAAAGUGACCUAAGGUCAGAUGUACGUUUGAUGCUACAGCUAGCAAGAUAUGGUCAAGCGCCAAUCACAACUGCUCAAGGUCAUCAAUUAGCUCAACGAUUAGGUGCAGUAAGUUAUGUGGAAACAUCGGCGUUAACGCAUCACGACUUAAAAGAGGCUUUUGAUCAGGCUAUCGUUAGUGCUCUCAAUGCUAGACGUGAAGGUAUUGGUAUAAUAUGCAGACGUCGAAAACCACCAUCGUUAUGGCGUAGAUGGUUAUGUUGUUUAGAAAGACCGCAGUCAAGCGAUACGUAGAUUUUAUUCUUAAGACUCUCUAGAAUGACUCUGUGAUCGUAAGCAUAAGCUGCCUUGCUGAACUAUCAUCCAUGGAUUUAAUGGUAUCGUUACAAACUUUAUUACAGUUUUGUAACUCGACUGUUAAGACCAUAAAUGAUCAGUCCUGGAAUAAUUCCUCGAGCCCGUCGCACGGCAUAAUUUAUUAUAAUAUUAAUUAGAUUUUUUUUGCUAGAGUGUAUGACGUAAUUGGCAGCUCCGCUGGUUGUGAUUUUAUAUCCGUGAUUCUAUAAUCCGUGAUUCUUGGACGUUAUUAUUAUUAUUUUAAUUAUUUUUAAGAUUCGUUGCACUCAAACUGUUAUUGUCAUUGAAUUGUUUAUAUUGUAUCGCGUGAGGCAACAAUUAAAAGUUAAGCUGCAUUAACUUUUCAUUUUAUUUAUGAUUAUUUGAAAGACUUUUAAUAUAACGUUAUUCUAAAAGAACUGUCAUUUUCAUUAUAUAUCGAAGUAGUUUUUAUAAAAGCAUCAUGAUAAAAAUCAAAAUAACAUCACAUUUAUAAAACUUAAAUAUUAUUAGACAAAUAUCGGUCUGUGCAUAGUGAAAUCGCAGUUUCUUAUUUUUUGUUUUUUAAAAAAAAAGAUACGUAUACUAUAUAGAUAAAUUAUUUAUAAUGAAAAAUUGUUUGCAUUAAUCGUAUUUAUAUUGAAUCAUAUACACGAGUCAACCAUGAUGAUCAUUAUCGAUUAGAAGGUAGUAAAAAACAUCCUAUUAAUGAUAUUCGAAAUUGUUAUUAUUUUCAAUAAUAACAAUGAACAAACAAAAACACUUUAGGAAUUGUCGUAAUUCUGGGAAUUACAAUUUUGCUAAAAAUUAUAAUAAUGUAAUAAUAGUAAACAAAAAUUCAGCUAACAACGGACUACUAGAUCAAAAGUGUGAUCGAUAUAUUUUGUAUCCGAUUCGAUUAUAGCAUGCAUCGUUCGUGUUAUAAGUAAUGUACGUUGUUAAUAAUAUUUAGUAGACACAAGUAUGAAUAACGAAAAAAAAAAAACUAUUCUACGAAAUUAAUUAUAGUAUUACGAAUUUUUACAGAAUAUAGUUACGCUUGCGUUAAGUCCUCAUAUUAGAUACAGGAAAGGCUAGAAACAUUUUUGGCAAAUUCUUGUAACAGUGCCUAAGAGUACCUUACUUGCGCAUAGCAAUUAAUUUUUUAGACAAUUUUAUGAACAUUUUUUUAAUAUAUAUAUAUUGAGUCCUAUUUGAGUCCCAAGCAAAAUGAUCAUGCUCAUCAGAUUUCAUGUCAAAAAGAUUCACUACAUUUUUGACUCAAAUGGUUAAAUUUGAAUCCAAUUUAUAUACAAGACUAAACUAUUUUUCGGUUUUUUCUUUUUAAUGAUUUAUUUGUUAUGUGCAUGCAGCAUUAGGCUCACAUUCUGUCUGUGAUUGUAGAUCAAAAAUAUCUACAGACCUAACAAUAUGUACCCAAUACGUACAAAAUAUUGGUCGUAUUUGCGAUACUGCUGGAAGACUAUAUAAUAACAGCUUUUAAAUAAUAUUCAAAAUAUAAUACAGUGUACGAAGACUUUAACAGAAUGCUUUAAGAAGUCUUAAUAAAAAGUGACUUAUUUCUUUAUCGAAGUUAUCAUCAGUAUUUUUAAUAAUACUCGAUGAAGUUAACGACUAUUUCUAUGCAAUAAAUCAACAGAUUUAGUAUUCGUGCUCAUGGGUCCUAUUAUUCUUUGCUCAUAUGAUGUAGGAAGAAUUAGUAUUCUAAACUAUUAAAUCGUAUGCAUGUAAUACUAAACGUUCUUUAUUGUAUUUUGUAUUACUAUAAAGAAAAAGAGAGAGAAUUAUACACAUAUAGUUACAGAAAUUAUAAUAGAUAUAUAUGUGUGUGUGUAAUUGGUGUUCAUUAACAAUAAUUGUUUAUUUUGUUAUAUGUUUGCAUUAAUAUUUUGCAAAGAAUCAAAAUAGAAGUGGUAACAAGAAAUUUUUAAUUUAUGGUAGCUACAUUGUUUUUAAGCAUCACAACACACAUCACAUUAAUAAUAAUCAAAAGCACAAUCUAUGAAUACGAUAAUUGCAUAAUAUAUAUUCGAACAAUUGUCAACUACAUUUAAUAUUAAGUUAUUAAUUAGGUAGUUACCAAGGAAGAUUUUUUGAUCGCUUAUUUGAAAAAACUUAUGGACAAAAAUAUUUUGAUCGUCUUAAAAACUUAGUGAAAAAUUAGAGAAUUGUUUGAUAAACGUUUAUAUUUCGGAUAUACGUUUUUUGUAUAUUUCCAUAUCUGUAAAUGUUAUAAUCUCCGAUAACAGUAAUCGGAUGUGUAUACUUUUGAAACAUUUUUACAAGUAGAAGUUUCAAAACUUUGACAUAGUUAUACAAUUUUUGAGUAUGUUAAUUAUUAAACAUACGUAUUUGAUAUAUUAAUUAUUACAAAUACGUUGCUGUACAAUUUUGAUAGUAUUCCUAUCGUUUAUUACAAAUUAAUCAUUGUAAAUAAUAUCAUUAUUAAUUGUCAUUAUUAUUGCACGUGUUUAUAUAUGUGUAUCAUAUUUAACAACAGAUAGUGCAAGCGUAACAAAGAAUAUUAGACUGAAGAGCCUACAUAUAUAAAUAAAUAUAUAUAUAAAUAUUAUAAUUAAUAAUAUUAAGCGCUUAUCAACAUCAUCUGUAUAAUAAAGUGAAUAAUAUU